AUGGGGUGUUUUGGCAAGCGUCGCCAUAAAAAGAAAGAAAACAAAUAUCAAAGACCUGCUGCCCCUGGAGGUGCUUACCCUACCAAUAAAGCUUAUCGCAGUGGAGCGGGCAAAGGCGAUUACAGUAGCAACAAAGAUGGUGGGAUGGUAAUUAUGACUAAUAUGAUAGCUGGAACUGCUGCAGCCACUGAUUCCUGUGGCAGCACUUGUGGCGGAGGAAGUAGUGCUUGUGACGGUGGCGGGGGCGGUGGAGGUUGUGGUGGUGGAGGUUGUGGGGGCGCCACACAUGGGGGCGGAUUUCAUAGUAAUGGUGGACAUGGCGGCGGAUUUCAUAGUAAUGGUGGACAUGGCGGUGAUAUUGAAGGUGGUGGCACUGAUGGGGUUGGAGACACAGUAGAUUUCAAUGGUGGGGGAUGGGAUACCUUUGGUGGAGGUGGUGGAGCUGGGUCUGAUUUUGGGGGUGGAGGAGGUGGUGGCUUUGAUUCUGGUGGUGGUGGUGGAGGUGGCGGUGGCUGUGAUUCUGGCGGUGGUGGUGUUGGAGGAGGAGGUGGCGGCGGCGGCGGCUUUUGA